GCACAUGCGCAGUAGAUCCUCGGCAAAGUGUCAACGUGGUAGGGGUCUCCACGUACCCACGCACGUACCUAGAAGUACUUCCGGAUUUACGUCGCUAUUUGCUAAACUUUACUACAGCGCAAUUGUUUUGUAAGUGGAAAAUGGCGUCUUUAGAUGCUUUCGCCCGUGACAAAGUAAGUUCUGGGGUAGUUAUGGAACUUUUGGAACGGAAAUGAAUUGGUACCAAGGUCGCUACGUGGCAGUGGGAGGGACAAAAAUGUGGUUUCACCCUGGUUCUGCUUAGCAAUAACAUGUCCGCCUUUUUUUAGACGGUAACUUUGUGCAAAAUUUUAGUAAUAACGCCAUGUUGUGUUUGGUUCUUGAUUUUCUCACAUAACGAUAAAAAAAUAGUGAAAAGUUGUGAUUUUGGGAGGAGUAGCUCCAGCAGCCUUGACUCUUCUUCCUCUGGGGGCGGAGAGAUUCGGUCCGGCUACGUGUAACCGAGUCGGCCCUCCCAAAUAAACAACAUGGCACCCUCAGUGCUGUUGCUUCUGGUGCUCCUCUUCGGCUUCGGUUCGGUCCACUGCCAGUACGAGAAGUACAGCUUCAGAAGCUUCCCUAGGAGCGAACUCAUGCCGCUGGAGUCGGCCUACAAAUACGCGCUGGACCAGUACUCUGAUGAGAAAUGGGGGGACGCGGUGGAGUACCUGGAGGUGUCCCUGCGCCUCUACCGGCUGCUGCGGGACAGCGAAGCUUUCUGUAACCUCAACUGCAGCUCGGCGCGCCGGGAAGAUGAGAACAAAUUCGCAGAGUUCCCUGAGUUGCGAGCCUUUGCAAAUGUUCUCCUGAGGGCCCAAUGUCUGAAGCGAUGCAAGCAGGGGCUGCCCGCCUUCAGGCAAUCCAUGCCCAGCCGGGACACCAUGGAUGAGUUUGAGAGAAGGGAUCCCUACCGGUACUUGCAGUACGCUUACUUCAAGAGCGACAGGCUGGCCAAGGCCGUGUCGGCCGCUCACACCUUCCUUCUCAAGCACCCCAACGAUGAGAUGAUGCAGAAGAACAUGGCCUAUUACAAGAGCCUGCCGGGGGCCGAGGAGCACCUUAAAGACCUGGAGACCAAAUCCUACGAGAUGCUGUUUGUUCGCGCCGUGCGGGCAUACAACGGCGAGAACUUCCGAACGUCCGUGUCUGACAUGGAGCUGGCCUUGCGAGACUUCUUUAAGGUCUACGACGAGUGCCUCGCCGCCUCUGAGGGUCCUCGGGACAUCAAGGAUUUCAAAGACUUCUACCCUAACAUCGCCGACCACUACGCGGAAGUGCUGGAGAGAAAGGUGCAAUGUGAGAGCGACCUGACUCCAGUGGUGGGGGGAUUUGUGGUGGACAAGUUUGUGGCCACCAUGUACCACUACCUACAGUUUGCCUACUACAAGCUGAAGGAUCUGAAGAACGCCGUGCCGUGCGCCACCAGCUACCUGCUCUUCGACCCCACCGACGAGGUGAUGAAGAACAAUGUGGUCUACUAUAAGUUCCAUAAGGACAAGUGGCAGCUCACCGACGAAGACUUCCAACCCAGAGCGGAGGCGCUGCGCUACUACAAUCAGACCACCAUGCAGAAUGAGAUGGUGGACUUCGCCAGAAAGCGUCUUGCCAGCGAUGAUGAGGGUGAGGUGGUGGAAUUCAUAGAUGAGUUUCUGGAUUAGCAAAAAUUCACCCUGAAAGCAAAAGCAUUUAUUUAUUGAAAUUUGUUGUUACAAAAGAAUCUUUUCCAGCCUCAUUUUAUUAUAUGGUGGGUGGGGUGGGGGGGUGGAUGACAUUUUUAUACUUGCUCUUACUUGAAUGAAUGGCUCCGCUGUGAAUCGGUUGACAAUAAAAGCCGUUGCCGAAA